CAGCGAGCGGUGUACCUUGCGGGGCGAGGAGCAGUACACACACCCCGCCGCCUGCCACGGAGUCUACUGGAGGUCCUCUAAUAUGGCAAACGUGUUUAUCCUUGACAAUGGGGCUUAUACUAUAAAAGGAGGCUUCUCAAACCAAAAUGAACCAAGAAUAAUGCCCAAUGCCAUAAUGAAGGCUAAGAGUGAGCGGCGACGUCCCUUUGUUGGUGAUCAAGUAGAGGAUUGUCGAGAUGCUUCAGGACUCUUUUAUAUUCUUCCUUUUCAGAAGGGAUAUUUGGUCAACUGGGAUGUACAAAAAACAAUAUGGGACUACAUGUUUGGAAAAGAUGUAUUCAAUGUGAAUCACUCCAACACCACGAUGAUCAUCACUGAGCCAUAUUUCAACUUCACCAGCACUCAGGAAGCGUUGAGCGAGAUAUUUUUUGAGGAGUAUGAUGUAGAUGCCUUACUUAGAAUUAACGCUGGUGACCUUUCUGUACACAAGUAUCAUCGUGACCGACCACGGGAGCUCUGCUGUUUAUUAGUGGAGUGUGGCUUUAGUUACACACACAUUGUACCUUACAUUCAGGGCAAGAAACAGAAGGAUGCCAUCUUGAGGGUAGAUGUUGGUGGGAAAGUGCUCACGAAUCACCUUAAGGAACUUAUAUCUUACAGGCAACUCAAUGUUAUGGACGAGACCUACGUGAUCAACCAGGUGAAGGAGGAUGCGUGUUUUGUGUCUCUUGAAUUUAAUGCUCACAUGAAUAUAGCCAGAGGUGGUAAGAAGGAAAACACAAUUGCAAGAGACUAUGUCUUACCAGAUUUCACUACAAUCAAGCGUGGUUAUGUUAGAUCACUUGAAGAAACUACAGGAAAGUCUGCUGGUGGUGAGCAGUUGGUCCGUCUCAACAAUGAACGCUUUAGUAUUCCUGAGCUUCUCUUUUAUCCAAGUGAUGUUGGAAUUCAGGAGAUGGGUAUUACAGAAUCAAUUGUUCAUUCUAUAAACAAAUGUCCUGAGGAAACAAGGCCUCAUCUCUACAGAAACAUACUUUUAACUGGUGGCAAUUGCAACUUCCCUGGGUUUAAGGACCGAGUUUAUAAGGAUGUUCGGUCCAUGUCACCUGAUGAAUAUGAUGUUAAUGUCACUCUUGCAAAAAACCCAUCCACCUAUGCAUGGAGAGGAGGUGCUGCCAUGAGUAGGUCUGCACAUUUUCCUGAGAUGCUCGUGACAAAGAGAGAAUGGGAGGAAGAUGGCUUCACUGUAUGUCAAGAGAGAUUUAGUGUUUAAAGCGGUCUUGAAAUUUUUACUUGAAUUUUGUUUCAUAAUCUCAUGAUAAUACCAGAGUUGCCAACAUGGAUAAUCUGUACUGUAUGUGAACAGUAUAUGGACAACUAGGAAAUCAAGGAAAAAAGAUCAAUAUUUUGGACAAAGAAACAGAAUGAUUCAAGAUUCAAUAUUUUAUUCAAAAUCAUCAACAUAUUACAGUAUAUCUAUGAUGUAUGUUCGUUUAUGUUUUAGGUGACUGCUAAGAUUAUAUUGAAAAUUUAAAAUAAUUUUUGAAAAAACAUUACAUAAUUACUGUAUACUGUACACAUACUGUAUACUGUACUGUACGUAUUGCUCUACAAGCAGUGAAGACAAUGUACUGUAAAUAAAUGUUUUUAUUAAAGGUUUGAGUGAAA